UAUAUAGUCUAAUGAAGUUUUUCAUUUCACCGCUAGAUGGACAACUGUGGACAUUCAUUACAUUACGAAGAUGUUCAUCUAUUUCGUCCUUUAACUCGUGAAUUUCUUUCUUGUUUUUCCAUCGAAGAAGAAAUACACGAAAAUGGGGAAGGUUAAGUGCACUGAAAUGAGAAUGAAGGAUAAGAAGGAGCUCCUCAAGAAGCUUGAGGAACUCAAAACAGAACUGACAAAUCUCCGUGUUGCUAAAGUCACUGGAGGUGCUGCUUCUAAACUUUCAAAGAUCCGUGUUAUGAGGAAGGAAAUAGCUAGAGUAUACAUUAUUAUGCACCAAAAGCAAAAGGAGAACUUGCGCAAACUGUAUGAAAACAAAAAGUACAAACCCCUGGACCUGAGGCCAAAGAAAACUAGGGCACUCAGAAGGGCACUGACACCUUAUCAAGCCAACAGAAAGACUCUGAAAGAGAUACGCAAGCGAUCUGCCUUCCCUCCGAGAAAGUAUGCCGUACAAAUGUAAGCUGAGAGGUAUCGAUAAGGGAUAAAAUAAAAGUUUUUUUUUAAACACA